UCCAUACAUACACCGACCAACUUUAUAUACGAGUGGAAAUCAGCAGGAAAUUGGUAACUUGCAAGAAAUACCGUACUAUUUUUGAAAAAGUUUUUGAAAAAAAUGGGAACAUUCAAGUACAUGAAGUCGAUUUCCUUCGAGCGUCCAUCCCUCGUUUUUACAGCGGGUGAAAGUAUUAAAGGAAAUUUAAUUUUUGAUGGGGCUCCAACUACGAGCAAAAUUUUUGAUUUGCACUUGAUUUUGACUGGUGUCGUGAGACAAUCAAAUUCGUAUCGACCGUACGUCGAAAAUAAGCGACAUUUGUCGGAUUAUUCGUACAAUAUUUUGCAGACGUAUUCCAAAUGCAGGGUUACCAAGGGAACAGAAGAUGCGGUGACAAUUCCUGCAAAAACGAGAACUGAGGUUGGAUUCGAACUCGAUAUACCGGAAUCUCUCUGGUCAACUUUCCUCGGGGGGCUGGGGUACACGGUUUACCGAAUAAUUAUAAUUGGUCGUCCGAACAGCGCCAUUUUUGCGAAGGAAGGCGUCCUCUGUCAUAAGGAGAUUGUCAUUAUUGGACUCGUCAAUUCCAUCAGGGACGGAUUUGUGGAUGAGUUUAAUGAGACCAAGGUAUUCACCUCAAAAUCGGGCGGAAACCAGACGGCGAAAUUGAGCGUUCACCUGGACAAAAUGUGUGCCACGCCGGGUGACAUGUUCAGCUUCCGGGUUAAGGUGGAAAAUGGGUUGAAAUUACCGUUGGGUGCGAUUAAAAUGGUUUUCCAGCAGAAUGUGACCUACGACUUUUCCGGAAUGCCGAGCCUGUUUCUGCAAAAGGAUAAGGAGGUGAAUUUCCUGGUUCAGAAGGAGGGCCCCACAAUUCCGCCAGGCCCGGGGAGAACGGUCCCUUGGAAUUGGAGCUUCCAAAUUCCGCACACCGUCCCCUCCGAAAUGGGGGCGGAGGGUUGUCCACUCAUUAAAGUGUCCUAUUGCAUACUUUUCAUCGUCGCGAAGUUUGUCAACUUGAAGGUGACCGUGCCGAUCCAUUUGGGCACACCCACCAGUGACGAGUCCGAGUGGGAAGAGUUGUCCCUCGAGUACGGAAAACUGCUCAAGCGCAGUCUCUCCUCGCAGUCGCUGGCCGCGUGGGGCGACGACAAGUCGGAAAGCUGCUGGUCCCUCCUGGAACUUGAGGGGGCAGGCGAGGGGGGUAGUCGUCAAGUCACUUAAGUUGAAACUAGAGUGCAAUUCACGUCAAUCUCUGUAACUCUGUAGACUUUGUAAAGUUAUAAACUAGACAAUCAAUGUUAAAUCCAAAUUCUCUUCUAAAUGAUGCUUUUUAUGAAUUUAAUCGCCACGCUAAAAUUUUUCCUCGUUUCAGUUGCGUAAACCUUGUAAAGCUUCAACUUCAAGAGAUCCAUUAUUUCAUGGUAUUUUUAGUAACACAGAUUGACAAGUUUAAAUUUCGUCCUGUCAAAUGUUUUCAAAAAGGAAACAACGAAAUUUUACGAAUUUUUAACCUUACAAUAAAAACCAUUGCAACUAAAAAUUUUGGCACGUUUGUUUUACAAAUAAAUAAAAGACGAAGUUUAGAAUAAAUUGAAUUGCCUUUUUCUCAAAUUUUCUGUUUCUCUUUUCAAAAUGUAUUCAGAAAUUUUCUACGUUUGAAAAUCUUGGAAUUUAAAACCUAGGAAUGUUUUCUAAUACGCUUUAUAUGUAGGUUAAUGCGUACAAUUUUUGUGUAAAGAUAGAAACAAUUUUAAGACGCCAUUACAAAAUUCAUAUGAAUUUAUGAUAUAUCAAAAAUCUGAAACUGGUUUUAUUAAUUCUUUACGUAAAUUUUACGGAGUUACAAAGUUUUACCUGAAUACGUAAAUAUGUGUGUAGCACAAUUCUAAACACGAGGUACAACUGGGCGAAUUAAGUGAUAAAUAAAUACAUAAAAAGUAUUAUCUAUGCACUUAACCUGUAGUAAAUAAAUACGCAAUAAAAUAAUCUGUGAUAGA